UUGUUUCUUCCUCUGCUUUCCGUUCUCUUUCGUCUCCACCAAAUCAGAACUUGUGCAUUUCCCUUCACCCUUCAGAAACCCAGCACUCAAAGCAGGAAAUAAUCAAGAAACCAAUUUGAGAAAACCCUUAAACCCUUCAAACCGAUUGCUAAAACGUCAAAUCGCAGAUAUUUCGGCCGAUCCAUCCUCGUGGCGGUCAUAACCUGGAACUUUGCAUCGCCGUGUUGCGCCGCCGCGUAAUUAGCGGCGAUCCGGCUAACCCAUGGUCCCAAUUCGAUUCAUGGUCGAACGGAUUGGGUUUUGAAGACGACAAGUCUGAAUUUGGUUGAACACUUAAGAAAUUUUCGAUUGUUCUCAAUCUUUAUAGAAAUCUUGGGAAAUGGCUAGCAUCGAACCAUUCAAUCGCUUGGUGAAACUUGCGGCAAGGGCAUUCUAUGAUGACAUAACAACGAAAGGGGAAAACCAGCCUAAGGCUGGAAGAAGUGACAACAGAGGGAUUGCUGUUGUCAUUCUUGAUGCUCUCACUAGACGUCAGUGGAUUAGGGAAGAGGAUUUGGCUAAGGACUUGAAACUUCACACGAAGCAACUUCGUCGGACUCUGAGAUUCUUUGAAGAAGAAAAACUAGUCACUCGUGACCACCGCAAGGAGUCUUCCAAAGGUGCAAAAAUUUACAAUGCUGCAGUGGCUGCCACAGUUGAUGGUCAAAAAAAUGGACGAGAAGGCGAUGAAAAACUUAAAAUGCACACACAGUCCUAUUGUUGUUUAGAUUACUCCCAGAUAUAUGAUGUGGUGAGAUACAGAUUACAUCGCAUGAGGAAAAAGCUGAAGGAUGAACUGGAGAGCAAAAACACAGUUCAGGAGUACAUAUGCCCUAACUGCAAUAAGAGGUAUACUGCCCUUGAUGCACUCCGGUUGAUCUCCCCCCAAGAUGAAUACUUCCACUGUGAAAGCUGCAAUGGGGUCCUUGUGGCUGAGAGUGACAAGUUAGCUGCUCAAGAAUUGGGAGAUGGAGAAGAUAAUGCAAGCAGACGUCGCCAUGAUAAAUUGAAAGACAUGCUAACAAAGAUGGAGGAACAGCUCAAGCCACUGAUAGAUCAACUUGGAAGAGUUAAGGAUUUGCCGGCUCCUGACUUUGGAAAUCUUCAAGCUUGGGAACUUCGAGCAAAUGCUGCAGGCCGAGCUAAUGGAGAUCUUAAUGCCAAUGAUUCUAAAUCUUUUAAUGGUCUUGGUUUUGGUGGAACUCCUAUGCCUUAUGUUGGAGAGACAAAGGUUGAAGUUGCGUUCUCAGGCACUGACGAGAAAGGAGAAAAUGUUAAAUCAGUGAACACAAAUGCACCUAUGAAAGUUUUGCCUCCAUGGAUGAUCAAGGAAGGAAUGAAGCUUACAAAGGAGCAACGUGGAGAAACAGGGCAGGAGGAAAAAAUGGGUGGUUCUUCAACAGCUAUGGGGCUUCACGAUGACAAGAAGUCCACAACUGUAAAUGAGGACACAAAGAAUAUACAGGAUGAGUAUGUUAAAGCUUAUUAUGCGGCUCUACUUAUGCGUCAACGUGAACAAGUAGAAACGGUCAAGAAGGAAGAUGAGUCACCCAAUAAUACAAUCCUCAACGAAGUCUACAACGCACCCACCGAGCGCCAAGUCGGCAUGAAGUCGAAACGUGAUGAUGAUGAUGAAGGAGAUGAUGACGAGUGGGAGGAGGCCCCUCCUAUAGGUAGCACAUCUGACCCUUUUAAAGUUAACGACUUAAAUGUAGAAGCAGAUGCUUCUGAAGACGAGGAGGAUGACAACGACUGGGAGGAUGGGUAAAGAACCAAAUUGUGCAACUCUUGGAAUCUCUACGUGUUUCCAGCUUCGUUUCUGGCAUCAAAGCUAAUUUAUUCCUCUGGCAUCUGCACACCGUAAGCAUCUGGUUUUGAUUGACUACCUGUAGUUUUUCUGUGCACUUAUCCCUGAAGGCCUUGCUUUUGUUAUGAUGUGGCUGAGUUGAUAAAAGCAAACUAAAGAAGACCAAGAUACUCACAACAAAGUGUUCAGACCGAUGCAGAUGGAUGGAAGAGUGGUUUACAUUUUCUUGUGAUACAUUUUCAUGUGUAAGAAGUACAUUUUACCAAUAGCGAUAUUUUGUUAGCUUCGGCACUUCCUUUCAUAUAUCGACUUCUGAUUGAAAUGGAAAUUUUGUCGGAUUUCAGCCAUCUCAGUUGCUACUGAGUUGCUUUACUCUAUUUUUGUCUUACUUUUUUUAACCAAAGUUAAUGUCUUUUAUCUCCUGUUACACUAGUAUGUAUGUUGGAAUAUAUGAUAUGGACUUGGGAGCAGAGUUGGUA